AUGCUCAAGAGAAGAGGGUGGCUGCAGGUGGGAGAAAGGGAGGUAAGUAAAAACUCAUGGCACAAGCAAGAGGAAGAUGCUGAGCAAGAAGGCCAGAGCGGGCGAGGUUUGCAGAAGAAAGUCAUGGUGAAAUUAGCUGAGUGUGGGAAUCCCACUGACCCAGUUCCUGCUGUAGGAGCGGCCACAGAUGGAAGCAGGAAACAGGCUGAAGACCAACAAAUAUACCCCAGAGAGGCAGGCGCUGGAGGCUGCUGGCAGAACCUCAGGACUGACGCAGAUCCACUCAGUCUGUGCAGCCAUCUGCUCAGUAAACUCCUGUUACCUUGUAGGAACUUUUGGAGGAAGUCUGCGCUUAUGAGCGCAGCUGAAGGUAUUCAGGUAUUUGCCCCCGGGGUGCUGCUGGUGGUGCUGAGAGGUGCAAGACUGACACGAGACUCAAAGAUGAGUGUUCAUGGGAAGGAAGAGGGCAGAGCCGAGUCUCCGGAGUCCAGCUGUGUGUCUCUGAGUGAUCAGUCUAUAGAUAAUCCUCUAGUCUUCAGUGAUGAACCUGGACCUUUCAACACAAAUGUUCAUGGGAAGGAAGACGGCAGAGCCGAGUCUCCGGAGCCCAGCUGUGUGUCUCUGAGUGAUCAGUCCAUAGAGAAUCCUCUAGUCUUCAGUGAUGAACCUGGACCUUUCAACACAAAGAAAAGGACCAGUGUGGUUAUUGAGGACCAGCUGUCCUGUUGUGCUUUGUGCCCGGAGGUCCUGAGUGAUCCAGUUGCUAUGAGGUGUGGCCACCAUGUCUGCAGGCAAUGCACUGGUGCAUAUUGUGAACAGUAUGAACCACCAGGAGAAUUCUCAUGUCCCCAAUGUGGAAAAAGAUCCAGAAAAAGUCCUGGAUGGCAAACACCAAGUCAAACCAUCACUGAAACAAUGAUUGGCUACCUGCAGGAGAUUUUAGAUAAGCACAAGAUCAGGCUUAGAGGAAAAUGUGAAUUUGCAAUAGAAGGAACUGCUGAAGCAGGACACACAACCCGCCUGAACAGGAUCUACACUGAGCUCUACAUCACUGAGGGACAGUGCGAAGGGGUUAACAUCCAACAUGAGGUCUUACCUGGCCAAAAGAGAUUGAUCAGAGUGGUUUUGACAAAUGGCAUUGCCGGCAUUGGAAAAACCUUCUCAGUGCAGAAGUUUACUCUUGACUGGGCAGAUGGCUUCGAAAAUCAGGAUGUUAGCAUAGUGAUUUUGCUUUCGUUCCGGGAGCUGAACUUGAUCAAAGAGGAACAGUACAGUCUUCUCAGGCUGCUUCACGACUUUGAUCCAACAUUACAGAUGGUCACAGCAGAAAUGCUUGCUGUCUGUAAAGUGCUGUUAAUCUUCGAUGGACUGGAUGUUAGCAGACUAUUGUUAGACUUCGAGAACAAUGAGACUGUGUCUGAUGUCACACAGACAUCACCAGUGAAUGUGCUGUUGACAAAUCUCAUCAAGGGGAAUCUGCUUCCCUCAGCUCUCCUUUGGAUCACUUCCAUACCUGCAGCAGUGAAUCAGAUCCCGUCUGCAUAUGUAGAUAGGGUAACAGAAGUACGAGGUUUCACUGACACUCAGAAGGAGGAGUACUUCAGGAGGAGAUUCAGUGAUGAGUCACUGUCCAGCAGAAUCAUCUCACACAUCAAGGUGUCCAGGAGCCUCUACAUUAUGUGUCACAUCCCAGUUUUCUGUUGGAUCACUGCUACAGUUCUGGAGCAUAUGAUGACUACAGAGCAAAAAGAGCUGCCCAAGACUCUGACUGAGAUGAACUCCCAUUUCCUGCUGGUUCAGACCAAGAGGAAGACACAGAAAUAUGAUAAGGAACAUGAACAGACAGACAGGGACAACCUUCUGAAGUUGGGAAAGCUUGCGUUUGAACAUCUGGAAAAAGGGAACAUCAUGUUCUACCAAGAAGACUUGGAGCGGUGCGGUCUUGAUCUCAGGGAGGCCUUAGUUUUCUCAGGACUGUGCACAGAGAUCUUCAAGAGAGAGUGUGUGAUUUUUCAGAAGAUGAUUUACUGCUUUGUUCAUUUGAGUAUUCAAGAGUUUCUCGCUGCUGUCUACAUGGUCCACUGUUACCUCAACAAGAACACAGAUGUACUGGCGACAUUCUUGGGAGAAGAUAGCAAAAAUUGCAGUGACCCAGGUAUUGAUGACUUCCUCAGUAGAGUUGUAGACAAAGCUCUGAACAGUGGAAAUGGCCACCUGGACCUCUUUGUUCGCUUCCUUCAUGGUCUGUUAUUGGAGUCCAACCGCAGUCGCUUAGGAGGUCUGCUGGGUUGGGAAGCGAGCAGUCCAGAAAGCAUUCAAAGAGCAAUAAACAACCUGAAGAAGAUGAAUGCUUAUGAUAUCUCUCCUGACAGAAGCAUCAAUGUCUUCCACUGUUUAAUGGAGAUGAAUGACCACUCAGUACAUCAGGAGAUCCAAGAGUACCUGCAGUCAGAGAACAGAUCGGACAGGAAACUCACUAAGACCCAUUGCUCAGCUCUUGCCUACAUGCUGCAGAUGUCUGAGGAGGUUCUAGAUGUGUUGGACCCCAAGAAGUACAAUGCAUCAGUUGACGGAAGACGGAGAUUGCUCCCAGCUGUGAGAAACUGUAGAGAUGCUCGACUGUCUGGCUGUGGACUGUCUCAAUGGCAUUGUGAAGUACUGGCCUCAGCUCUGAUUUCCAACCCCUCCCAUCUGCAACAACUGGAUCUCAGUGAAAAUGACUAUUUGUUGGAUUCAGGAGUGAAGCUGCUGUCGGUUGGACUGGAGAGUCCAAACUGCAUACUGGAGAGUCUAAGAUUGAAGAACUGCAGUUUGUCAGAAAGUUGUUGUGGUCCUCUGGCAUCAGCCCUGAAAUCCUCCUCCUCCCAUCUGAGAGAGCUGGAUAUAAGUAACAACAACUAUCUUAAGGACUCAGGGGUGAAGCUUCUGUCUACUGGGUUGGAGAGUCCACACUGUAUACUGGAGACUUUGAGAUUAAGUUGCUGCGGGCUGUCAGAGAGCUGCUGUGCAUAUCUGGCUUCAGCUUUGCAGGUCAACCCCUCCCAUAUGAGAGAGCUGGACCUGAGUAGAAACAAAGUGAAGGAUUUAGGAGUAAAUCGGUUGUCUGCUGCACUGGAGAAUCCUCAAUGUGGACUGACAACUCUGAGACUUGAUAGAUGUGGGUUGACGGACAACUGCUGUGCCUCUCUGGCCUCAGCUCUCAAGUCUGACCCCUCCAGCCUGAGAGAGCUGGAACUGAGUAGCAACGACUUGCAAGAUUCAGGAGUAAAUGUGCUGUGCACAGGACUGCAGUAUCCACACUGUAGACUGGAAGUUCUCAGGUGCAGCUGGUUGUCAGAGAAUUGUUGUGCUUCUUUGGCCUCAGCUUUAAUGUCUGAACCCUCCCAUCUGAGAGAACUUGAUGUUAGUGAAAAUGAUCUACUGGAUUCAGGAGUGAAACUACUAUCUGCUGGACUGGAGAGUCCACACUGUAGACUGGAGACACUGAGGUUGAUGCGCUGUCGGGUCACAGAUGAGGGUUGUGUUUCUCUGGCCUCGGCACUGAAGUCCGACCCCUGUAGUCUUAGAGAACUGGACCUCAGUAAAAACAACCUGCAGGAUUCAGGAGUGAAGCUGUUGUCUGAACUCCUGGAGAGUCCACACUAUAGCCUGGAGAAUCUCAGAACGGAAGAAAUUGAGUAA